AGUGUAUGUGGCAUGCAUUUGGCGAUCAAUCUUUCAACUGAAUGUCGUUGGCCACGCUUCAAGCCCUGCAGCACCAGCUGUCACUUACGGUCGAUGCGGCCCAGCAGCACAUCAAGGCCGCUACGUCUCUCGAUACGUCCGCACCAUGUUCUCAAGAAGCUUCGGAGCGUUUCCACGAGCUAGCGGCUGAAAUUGAGAGCGUGCAGACCGAGUUACAGGCAUUGGUAGCCGCAGUUGUGACACAAACUCGCCAAAACCGUGUUGCUAUCCCUACAGAGACUUUAGAACUUACGACUGAGACGAUCGACCCAAUGGAUGUGGAGACGGGGACGGAAGAUGAAGCCGUGCAGGCGAAUUCGGAGAAGCAAGACAUCGACCAGGGUCGUAACCCGCCAUCUCCAGAGGAAGUAGCUACAAGACUGCAACACUUUGUGCUAAAGACAGGAGAGGCUUCAGCCACUUUGGAGGCAGGCAUGCGACGCAACAAGAGUCAUGUUGCCCUGACAGCAUGUCGUAAGGUGACUGACAACCUGUUCCAGUUGAUGGUAAGUAAGGUUCCAAUUAAUGAAGCUGCUGCCUGUUUGUUUCGGGAUACAGCGGGGAAACUCGCUACAAUUUUAGCCGACGAUCAGGUGGCUGGGAAUAUGCGUGGCAUGUGUGUGGUUCAUCUGGUCAAGAAACUGGGCAACGUACUAGAGCUGGCUGAUACUCUCACGGGGAUCCCGGCAGCGUUAUCAGACGCUGUGCUGAGAUCCACCCGCCUCAAGCUCAAGAAAUACGCCGAAACCCACUCGGAAGACUUGCUGACAAUGAUGGAAAAGACUGUGCUUCCUAUUCAAAAGAAGGGCAAACUGACGGGAAGACGCGUUGAAGGCCCCGUUAAGAAGUUAAUCGUCGAUUUUCAGCAGGAAAUGAACAGGUACAAACACUUCCAAAUGAUCGACGUACCCCAGAGGUCCGAAGAACGAUGGAAAGUGUUUAAGGAGGUGGCUGAGGCGCUUGCAAAGUGGAUUGGGCUCACCUCGAUGACGGCAACCCCACCCAAUCAGCUCAAGUCAAUGCUUCGUGCAGCUAAGAGGUUUAACCAGGAGUUUCCGGACCGCGUACCAGUCCUCUUGCUCAGGAAUGUGGGGAUGCGAUUGCGUAUAUGUCGACGCCGACACAAGCCUGCUAAAAAAUCAAAAACACCGGGCAAGUAAGGGUAAUUGCAGUCACCUCACAGUGGCUACCAGAUUUGAACGUCAUUCGAAUGAUUAGCAGACCUAAAUCAAUUUUUGGUCAAGGCUGCCUCAAAUCCUAUAUUUAGGCCACGUUGGACCCACAAUGUAAUCGCACAGUUUCAGACCAGGGCUUUAAUUCUAGCGAAUAGUGCAGCGCUUAUCAUGCCUGGAAGAACGAAGUCGUUGGUCCCCUCUUCGCAGUAUGUCGAUCUAGGGCCAUGGAGCUUCGCGUUGUGGUGGGUUAUCAUUCUUGCAGUUCACUUGGUUGCCUUUGGUUACAACGCGGCAUAUACGGUGUUCUACUACGAGCUCCAGAAGACCUA